UUCUUAAUUAUUUACAAUAUUCCUUCUCUUCUUCCCUCUUCCCCAAGUCACUGUAAUUAAAUUCUUCUUUCGAAAUCCUUCUUCCUUCCUCUCUCCCUCCUUGCCUCUGUCAACCAUAUGAAUAGAUUGGAAAUCUUUUCCAUUGUUUGAAUCUAAUUGAAUAUAACGCUUUACUUGAUAUCCCAAAAUGUCUCAAGUUAAACCUAAACGUGGCCGCAAACCUAAAAUCCCCACCACACAAGAAACCCUAGAUGCUUCCUCCACCUCCAUUAUCGCCUCCUCCGCCGUCAUGGAUGACGUUUUCUCCGUUUCUAAUGUUGAAAUAAUCCCCAUCACUAAUCCUUCCACCCUCGCCACCGCCACGACGAUCGCGACAACCAGUACCAACCACCAGAAGCAUCCAGAUCACCGUCCUCGCCGAGGCCGUCCCAAGAAAAUUCUGAAACGCGAAAACCCGGAGGAGAAACCGCCCCCACUUCCGCCCAUUUCCACCUUGGGGGUUUCUUGGCCGUUUGAAAAUGGCGGGGAUUCUGUUGGAGGGGGGCCCGCCGUGGCCAGAGUCGUACCGGCUAUGGACGCUGUUGUGAAGGUGUUUUGUGUCCACACGGAGCCAAAUUUUUCGUUGCCGUGGCAGAGGAAGCGACAGUACAGUUCGAGUAGUAGUGGGUUUGUUAUUAGUGGUCGGAGGGUGCUGACAAAUGCACAUUCUGUGGAGCAUUACACGCAGGUUAAGCUCAAGAAAAGAGGCUCCGACACUAAGUACUUGGCUACUGUGCUUGCUAUUGGGACAGAGUGCGAUAUUGCCAUGCUUACAGUCAAUGAUGAUGAAUUUUGGGAAGGAGUAUCACCUGUGGAGUUUGGAGAAUUACCUGCCCUUCAAGAUGCUGUAACAGUUGUGGGUUAUCCAAUUGGAGGAGACACCAUUUCUGUGACUAGUGGUGUUGUAUCACGUAUAGAGAUCCUAUCUUAUGUUCAUGGGUCGACUGAGCUCUUGGGACUACAGAUAGAUGCUGCUAUAAAUUCUGGAAAUUCUGGUGGGCCUGCCUUUAAUGAUAAAGGCAAAUGUGUAGGCAUUGCGUUUCAGUCUCUUAAGCAUGAAGAUGUGGAAAAUAUAGGUUAUGUCAUACCAACGCCAGUCAUUAUGCAUUUCAUCCAGGAUUACAAGAAGAAUGGAGCAUAUACAGGGUUCCCUAUUCUUGGAGUUGAGUGGCAGAAAAUGGAAAAUCCUGAUUUGCGUAUGGCAAUGGGCAUGAAACCUGAACAGAAAGGUGUUCGUAUCCGAAGAAUUGAUCCUACUGCACCAGAGUAUGAGAUUUUGAAACCAUCAGAUAUCAUUUUAAGCUUUGAUGGGGUUGAUAUUGCCAAUGAUGGGAACUG